AUGAAAAUAACUUUAAUCUUCCAAUUGAAUUCCAUCAAAAAUACCCGUCAGCUGAUCAAAUUUAUUGGAUCAGGUUUAUUUUUUGUUAAACCGUCGAAAAUGCUUAUGACAAGUGUGAGAUUACUCGUUCGACUGUCGGCUUUGAAAGGCUCACCGUCUCAUAAUAAUGUAUCUGAACUUGUGAUGCAGUGCUUACGUGUCUGCCACUGCCAACUUCAUGUAGGAUUACCUCAACAGAAUGUAGCUGGUGUGGGCCUAAUGAUGCGCUCUCAGCUGGGCAAACAUCUUUUUGUUCCCACAACCGUGCAUGAAAACUCUUUGAAACACAUGUGCCAGCUAGUAAAGAGGCAGACAGGCAGGCAGGCAAACAACUAA